CUCUUUUGACAGCCCGUACGCGUCACUAUAGCGCCGAGGAAGAAACCAACACAGAGGAGAUGGCUGGACGCCUGUGGGGAACGGCUAUGUCUUGGGCACGGGCGGGGCCUGUUGGGAACGACAGAGGAUCCUCGGCGGCCGUUGCGCCCUCGCGAAAUGUAACCGUCACCCGGAGUGGCGCCAUCUUGCCUAAGCCGGUCAAAAUGCCCUUUGGUCUUCUCCGUGUGUUUGUCAUUGUAAUCCCCUUCCUCUAUGUUGGGACACAGAUCAGCAAGAACUUUGCAGCUUUGCUUGAGGAACAUGAUAUCUUUGUGCCAGAGGAUGAUGAUGAUGAUGACUAACAGGGCUGCAAAUACAUAGAAAUACAUAAAGUAUUCUGACAUCAAUCUCUAGUCCUGCACCCCUCUCUCUAGUUUGUAAAGAAGGCAUUUGCAGGCAGCUGGACUUCCACCAUAUCACUGAAUGAUCUGUGCAUGGCUAAACGAGCACGACCUAUAUGCAUGAGGAUGCAUAUAUGCUUGUUGGUUCAAUAAUCAUUGUAUGCAGCACUUCACAUUUUCUGAAAGAGCGUUUGGGGACCUUGUUUUAAUGUAGGUAAAGAAAUGGUUUAGACUGCAAAUAAAAAUGAUAGAGCAAAA